AUGAGGUGUUUCGAAACAGCUGGACGACUACCAGCUGCUGACGGAGCGGCAUGUGGAGCGCCUGAGCCGGCUGAUCCGGCGCGUGCCGGCGCGCCGCGGCGCCACCACCACUGCCCCGCCACACAGCAGCUGCACGAGCACCUCUCGAAGGAGCGUAACACGUGGCGGCUGCUGGCUUCGCUGUACCGGGACAGGCUGCUGGUGCAGUCGGAGGACGUCGGCGCCAUGCUGGUGGACGCUGUCAACAAGCCCCUCUCCGACAGCCGCAUCGCCGAAAACCUGUUCAAGGGCGACACCACCGUGCGGCAGGCUCAAAUCGUGGUGGACUGGCUAGAACUGUGCGCCGCCGACGACCUCGUCAGCAGCUACAUGGACAAGGUGGAGUUCUUCGGCAACACGGCCGUCGCCUGGGAGAAUACAUUGCACGCGCUGCAGGCGCCGGCGCCGCCGGCCGGCCUCACCGAGAGCAUGGACCCGGACGGACCCGUGCGAGAGGGCUCCAAGCUGCAUGACCUGGACCAGGACGACGAGCGCCGCCUGCUGCGUUACAUGUUCGUGCUGGUGAGGGCCGGCCAGAUGGCGGAGGCCCAGGAGCUGUGUCUGAAGGUGGGCCAGCCGUGGCGCGCCGCCGCGCUCGAGGGCUGGAAACUGCACCACGACCCCAACUUCGAGCAGCCCUCCGUCGCAGCCCAGCCGGUGCAGGGCAACCGGCUCCGGGAUCUGUGGAAGCUGGCCGCCUGGCAGCUUUCGGAGGACGUGCGUCACGACGUGCACGAGCGCGCCCUUCUGGCGGCGCUGUGCGGUAACCUGGCCGUGCUGCUGCCCGUCUGCGUCUCCUGGGAGGACCGCGUCUGGGCGCACUUCAAGGUGUUCGUGGACUCGCGGGUGGAGGCGGAAGUGCGAGCCAACACGCGGUCACUGCGGGACCUGCAUCCGCUGCCGCCGCACUACCCGGCCGACAGCGGGUCGCUGGCCAGCAUGUUCGCGGACGUCGCCGCGCUGGAGGGCAGCGAGCGCCAGCCCGACCCCGUGGUGCGGCUCUACAACACCAUACAGCGCUGCGCCAUCCUGGGCGAGGAGGCGACCAUGGUGGCGGAGAUGGCCGCCUUCUGCGAGGAGCACGAGGGCAGUGAGCAGCUGCUGCGCUCGCUAGCGCACAUCGUGCUGUUCGUGCGCCAGUGCGCCGGCGACGACGUCUCGCACGAACACUGCGUCACCGUCCUACAGGCCUACGUCGAGAGCCUGGUGCGGCGGCGGUCGGUGCCGCUGGUGGCGGGCUACGCCUGCCUGCUGCCGCCGGCCGACCAGGUGCGCUGGUACGCGGCCCUCCUGCAGACCAUCACCGAGCCGGCCGAGAGGGCGCCCGCCGCCGAGUUGGCACCCGAGACCAGCGACGACGACCGGCGCUGUCUGACGGCCGUGCAGUGGCUGCUGUUCGAGCCGAGCCAGCGGCCCGACGCCCUGCGUGAGGCGAACGCCGUGUGCCGUCGCCUGCUGCUUGCCCGCAAACUGCCGGCCGCCCGCGAGCUCAUGCGGCAGAUCCCGGACGACAGUGUGGCCACCGUCCUCGAGCUGUGGAAGGCCUCCUCCAACGAGACCGAGCUGCCACCGGACCAGGACAAUGUGAUCAAGGAGCACCUCUGCGUCAAGGCGUUCCUGUUGGGGCAGGAUGCGUAUAUCGACUGGUCGGAGCAGUUUUACAACCAGCGGCCGCGCCAGCCCGAGCUGCGAGAGGGCGCCUCCUUCACGGAGACGGUGGCGCACGAGCAGCGGCUCAAGCAGUACCAGUCAGCCGUGGAGCGAUGGGAGACGGCGCAUACCGCCAUCACCAAGACGACCACCGAGCGUCUGUACAAUGUCCUCAUGUUCCCCGACGGCGGGUGGAUGGCCGACCGGCCGCAGGCGCCGGCAGCACCGCCGUCGGCCGUCGACGGGACCGAGGAGCCGGCGCGGCAGCAACAGAUGGCGGACCUGCGCCGGCUGUACGUGCCGCAGACGGUGGCCGUCCUACACAAGGUGCUGCACAGCAGCCAGCGCCUGAAGGAGGCGACGCAGCUGGCCGACCUG